GUGAGUUUUGUUGCUGUUACCUGAAGUGAACUCUCUUUCGGGAAAACCAGCAGACAGUCGCAGAAGAGUCUGUAGCUCCAAACCAGGAUAGACAAGGAAGUGCAUCACUUUCUGGGAAACUGAAACCUAAAACCGGUGUGAGAGAUGGCCAUCACUGUUGUCAGAGACAAGGGAGUGACUGUGAUCACCAUGGCGACUGACAGUGAGAGCAAGGUACCGCCACUGUGUCAAAUCCUCAAGACUCUCUUCUACAGUCCCGUGUGCUGCUCAUUGAACAGGAAAAUGACGCGGAGCAAUGCAAUUACAGCUCUUGGGACUAUACAGAUCAUGGUGGGCCUGUUCAACAUCGGACUUGGGCCGGGACGAACAAGCCUACAUCCUGAGGAUUUUGCCCAUUUGGGAGUUGCUUACUGGCUGGGUGGCGUGUUCAUCUUGACUGGAAUCGUGUCCCUCGUUGCCGACCAGUGCCCCCGCUGUUGCUUGGUGGGCUUUGCUGUGUUGUUGAACAUAGUUGGAUCUAUCAUCGCCAUGCUUGGCAUCGGGCUGUAUUUACACGACAUUCAAGAUUUCUCUUCUAUCAGUCUUUGUGACGACCCCUACGGUCAGCGUAGUUCUCAGGACAACUGCAGAAGUGUGGAGUACUUUUUCAAGCGUUUGAUGAAAGCCAUGGACAUUACUAUGAUGGUCCUGGUCGCUCUCCAGCUGUUUGCCAGCAUCACCAUUUGUGUUCUGGGCUUCAGGGCUGUGUGCAACCCGAGGAAGGAAGAGCAGGGCGGCGGAGAUGAUGAGAUGUACAAGCCAAUUUUGAAGGAAGUCCCCAUGACCAGUCCUGGUGCUUAAAACCAAUCAAAUCAUCAUUCAUCCAAACCAUAGACCGUAUAUAUAGAUGGACGACACGUCUCCACUUCCUCCCACUGUACACAAGUGAAGCCAAAAUAUCCCGGUUAGGAAUGACGUCAUUUGGAGCCAGAGUCUGCGCAGUAGUGAUCGGUGGGUGGAGCCGCGGUAUCGAGCUCACCCGCCUGAACCAGAGUCUCACAGCUGUGAUGUCACUUCCUUUUUAUAGCAUCAAAUAACUAAUUAAAAUCAAACUUAUCAGAAAUAUGAACACUUGAACAUACAUCAGCGUGAUAAGAACUACCUAAAAUGACAGAAACCAUCUUUGGGAAAAAUUAAUUUGACGUGUACUUUAACUUUUUAGUUUGGCUCAUGUCCCAUCCGUUAACAUGGAGCAGCAGGGAUUUAUGAUCUAUACCGCAGCCGGCCGCCAGGGGGCAAUCCAGAUGUUUUGGCUUCACUUUUGGGGAGCUGUCAUGUCGUCCGUCUUUAUAUACAGUCUGUGAUCCAAUCACAGAGAUGAUGAUGUAAGAGUAUGACAAGCAAUGCGUCAUUGUAAUCCUUUAAUAUAUCAGCUUAACAUAAUCAAAACUGCUUUUUAUCACAAAUACACUAUAAUUUUAUGCUAAAGAGAAAAAUCCGUCCAUAGUCUGGCACAGUGUGAUUUUAAAAAUGUUUUAAAAUCUAUAUUUUUUAUGGCUGUCAAUUGAUUAAAAAAUUGAAUCACGUGAUUGUCUAUGAUUAAUCGCAAAUUAAAGGGAGAUUUAUCAAGUA